AUGCCCAGUGAAACACGUGCAGCCGCCUGGGCCUGCCGCCCAAGUGCCUCUGGGGUGGAAAGCUUUGCAGCCUUCCUCGCGCGGUUCUGGCCGAGGGCAAAGAACACCAGGAGAGCGCCUGGUGUGGCAGCCUCCGUGCAGACGCUGGAGAGGACCCUGCUGGUCUCUGCGGAAGGCAAAGGCCUUUCCCUCCAGGGUGCCUGCGAAGGCUCGCCACCCACCCGCUUGCCAGCUCGGAUCCGAGAAAUCAUCACCAAGAACCUGGCCGAAGCCCCGGAGGAGGAGAACCGCCUCUUGCAGCAGGAGCUGUCCCGGGUGGAGGACUUGCUGGCGCAGAGCCGCGCAGAGCGGGAUGAGUUGGCCAUCAAGUACAACGCCAUCAGCGAGAGGCUGGAGCAGGCCCUGCGCCUGGAGGCCGGGGAGCAGGAGGCGCUGGAGAGCCAGGGCUUGGCCCAGCACAACAUCGAGCUGCGCCGGCGGCUGGAGGAGGAGCAGGCGGCCUACAAGCGCAAGCUGCAGGCGUACCAGGAGGGGCAGCAGCGGCAGGCGCAGCUGGUGCAGAAGCUGCAGGGCAAGGUCCUUCAGUAUAAAAAGAAAUGUGCAGAGCUGGAGCAGCAGCUGGGGGAGAAAUCGGCGGAGCUGGAGCGGCAGGGCCUGGUGGCGAGCCGCCUGGCCAUCGCAGAGUCCCGCCUGCAUCGUGAGGAGGAUCGCGGCGGCAGCAGCAGCGACCUAGAAAACGCCCUUAUCCGUCUGGAGGAAGAGCAGCAAAGGAGUGCCAGCCUUGCCCAGGUGAAUGCCAUGCUGCGGGAGCAAGUGGAGCAGGCCAGCACAGCCAACCAAGCCCUGAGCGAAGACAUCCGGAGGCUGACAGCGGAUUGGUCGAAAGCCCGAGGGGAGCUGGAGCAGCGGGAGGGCGAGUGGCGCCGGGAAAAGGAGUCCUUCAACAUGUACUUUAGCAGUGAGCACAGCCGGCUGCUCACCCUUUGGCACCAGGUGGUGGGUUUCCGGAGACACUUCAGCGAGGCAAAGACCAUGACGGAGAGAGAUCUCCUGGAGCUGAGCGGCGAGCUGUCCCGGUCCAGCCACCUGGUGCACGCUGCCUGCCUGAACCUGAGCAGCAACCUCCGUCUGUCGGAGAGCAAUGCCGGCACGGCUCUGGAGCAGCAGGCCCUGCUGACGGCCCAGCUGGAGGAGCAGCUGAAGGACAAAGUCCGCGACAUGAUCCAGCUGCAGGUCCGGUGCGACGCAGAGAAGGCAGAGCUGAGCAGCAGAGUCCUUGAGGUCACGUCCAGCUUAGAGCGCCUGAAGGCCCAGAACGCUGAGAAGGCCAGUGCCAUAGAGGGGCUCACCCGGAAGCUGGAGGCCCAGGAAGCUGUGCGUGCCCAGGAGCAGGCCGCCGCGGAGGCCGGGGAGCUAGAAGCCUUGCGAAGUGAGUCGGCCGUGCUGCAGCAGACGUUGCGAGACCUGGCUCAGGCUGUCUUCUCCGAUACGGAUAGCGCCAUUCACUUCUCGUCCACUGACCGGGCGACCGAUGUCUCAGACAGCGACGCCACCGGGCUCAGCCUGCGAGCCUUGUCCAGCAGCCUCCGGACGCCAUCCCCACGGCGGCGAUCCUCCCCCCGACGUAGCCUCUCCCCGGUUUUCUCGGACUCCACGUUCAUGGCAGUGCGGUCUGCCUUCCACAAGCGCCAGCUGCAGCUGCAGGAGGCCCGUGGGAAGUACGAGGCCAGCCAAGAUCUGGUGGCCUCCUUGAAGAGGCAGCUGGCCAAGGGCGACCACGAACACCGUUCCCUUAAGCAGAAGGUCCUGCAGCUGAGAGACGAAGUGGACAGCGUGGCGCGGGCAAAGGAGGAUGCCCUGCGAGAUGCCAGCCGCUCCCAGGCAUCGGUGGAUCUUCUGGCCAGUGAGAAGACUAUCCUGGAGAAGGAGCUGCAGGCCCUGCAGCAGAAGUUUGAUGCCUGGAGGAAGGAAAAUGAGGAGUUGUUGCGGGCCGGCAGGGACCUUCAGUGCCGGUGUGAGGCCCUGGAGGCAGAGAAAGAGUCCCUCUUGGCGGAUCGGGAGCGAGGCCGGAAAGAGAGAGAGCGGGGGCACAAGCAGCUGGAGCACCUGGAGGGGCAGACGUCGGCCCUGAAGAAGGAGCUGGUCCUUCUCCGGGAGGCCCUCGGCCAAGUGGCCCUGGAGAAGGAGGUGGCCGAGAGUGAGAAGGCCCAGGGGGCUGAAGCCCUUGCCAAAGGGGUGUCGAGCCACGCUGAUCUGGAACGGACCCUGAACAGGCUGAGGUCGGAGGAGGCCUCUUUGCGGGACUCUCUCUCCAAGAUGAGUGCCCUGAACGAGGGGCUGGCCCAGGAUAAGAUGGAACUCCACCGCCUCGUCAUCGAGCUGGAAGCGGAGAAGGCGGCCCUCCUAGAGGCAAAGCAGGAAGCGGAGCAGGAGAAGGCCGCGCUUCGGCUGGAGCUGGUGCAGCUGGAGCAGGAGAAGCUGGACUUGGCUGCGGAGCACCAUGCCAUGGGGCAUGCGCUGCAGGCUGCGGAGCAGAGCAGGGAGCAGCUGGAGCGGGAGCUCUUGGCGCUGCAAGGGGAGCGGGAGCAGGCGCAGGGGCAGCUGAGCCAGCUUUCUCGCCAGAGGGAGUCUGCCAGCGAGGCACUGGGACAGGUGCGCAAGGAGCUGGAGCGCCACAGCGAGGCCCUGCUCAGGGCAGCCAAGGAGAAGGAGAGGCUGAUGAAGGAGGCGGCCAGCCUGGCGGUCCAGCUGGCCGCCUCGGAGCGGGACAACCGGGGGCUGGCGGAGGAGAUCGCUGGCCUCAGGGCAGAAAAAGACACCUUGGAGACGACCCUCUUUGACGUCCAGCACCGUCUGGCUCAGGUGGACGCCCGGAAGGAGCAGCUGGAGUCACAGAGCCAGGCCUUGCUUUUGGCCAAAGAAGCCCUGCAAGGGGAACUGAGCAGCGUCCGCAAGCAGAUGGAGGCCGAGGUGAGCCGGCUGGAGCGGGAGAGGCAGCUCCAAGCGCAGAAGUCGUCGCAGGCAGAGGAAGAGGCCCAAGCAGCCCUGAAGACCAGGCAGGCAGCACACGAAGAGGAUGUGGCCCACCUUCGGAGGGAGAAAGAGGCGCUGAGGAGGGAGCUGGAAGCCGAGCGGGAGGAGCUGCAGGGCCGCCUGACGCAGGAGCGGGAAGAGCUGCUGGCUCAGCACGAGGCCGAGAGGGAAGAGCUGAAUGAAGAGCUCACGGCGCUCCAGCAGGAGCGGGACGAGGGCCUCCUGCUGGCCGAGAACGAGAAGCAGCAGGCGCUCUCCCUCAAGGAAUCGGAGAAGGCUGCACUCCUGGAGAAGCUGUCGGGGGCCCAGCAGAGCCUGGCCAGCCUGAGCUUGGAGCUGAAUGGGCUCAAGCGAGAUGCCCAGAGCCGGCAGGAGCAAGAGCGGGCCACAGUCGCUGCCUUGAAUGCGGAGCUGCGGAACCUGCGCAGGCAGCUCGAAGACGUCGUGGCAGGCCACGAGCAGGAGGUGAAGGUGCUAGGCGACCAGGCCCGGGACCUGGGAAAGCAGAAGGAGUCUGCCCUCCGAGAGGUGGAGGAGCUGAGGACACAGCUGCGCCUGGUGGAGGACGCCCGGGACAUCCUCCGCCAGGACCUGCUGGAGGCUCAGCACCAGGUGCGUGAAGCCCAGGAAGAGCGGGAGACCCAGCGCAAGGAGGCCGUGGACCUGCGCCGGAGCCUGAGUGACGGAGCCAAGGAGAAGGAGGCCCUGCAGCAGUCCAACACAGAGCUGCGUGCCAGUGUGAAGCGUGCCGAGGGCGAUCGCAUCAGUUUGAAGCGUGCCAACGAAGAGAAGGAGCAGAAGGUAUCCAUCCUGGAAGAGGUGCGGGCCGCGGUGGGCAAGGAGGCGGCUGACCUGCGCAGCAGCCUCCAAGAGGUGGAGCGAUCACGCCUGGAGGCCCGGCGGGAGCUGCAGGAGCUGCGGCGGCAGGUCAAGAUGCUGGACAGCGAGAAGACCAAGAAGAGCCGGGAGGUGGCUGAGCUGCAGGCCCGCGUCGCUCGCGAUGAGCAGCGCGAGGAGGAGAGCAGACGGGAGUCCUUCAGCCUCAAGCAGAAGAUCGUGGCCAGUGAAGCCGGCAGAGAGUCAGCCAGGAAGGAGGUCCACAACCUGCAGCGGAAGGUGACAGACCUGGAGCGUGAAUUCCACCGGAGAGAGAGAGAAUUGCUGGCCAGUCUGGAGGAGGCACGGACCAGUGAGAGGAGGCUCGUCGACAACGGACACAACUUGGAGGUGAAGCUGGAGACUGCGCAGGCCGAGGCGGCGGCGUUGAGCCUACGCCUCAGUGCAGCUGAGGGGCGUGCCCAUGGCCUGGAGGCAGAGCUGUCCCGCGUGGAGACCCUGAAGCGAGACGUGGAGUUCAAGCUGAGCAGCCUCUACUCGUCUCUGAGGCGCACCGUGGGCAUUGGCCAGAGGGGCCGUGGCCCCAGCCCUGCCCUUGGAGGGCGCAGCCGCUCCCCCCAGAGGCGCUUCUCCCCUCCAAAAGGUGGGCAAGGCAGCCCCACCCCAGAGGCCCAAAGCCCAAGCUCCGGACCCCCCUCCGCCGAGCGUGCCGUCUCCCCGAGCCGCCCCGAGCAGCUGGUGGUGGACACCGUCGACCCAGAAGCCGUGCGGAUUGCACUCCGGGACUUCCUGCAGGAGCUGAGGGCGGCUCAGCGAGAGAGGGACGAAGCCCGGUCCCAGCUGGCUACCUGGAGCCACCAGCUGUCCGACCUGGAGGGGCAACGGGAUGCAGCCGUGACGCAAGCGCAGCAACUGCAGAAGCAGCUGGCUGAGUGCAGCGAAGGGAGGCGCACGGUGGACGGGAGGCUGAGCACUGUCCAGGCAGCCCUGAGCCGGCAAGAGGAGACCCUGCGCCGGAAUGAGUGGGAGCACAAGGCCUUGCUGGACAAGGUGGCGGUGCUGGAGCGGAACCUGCAGGCGGCUGACAGUGAGAGGAGAGCCACCCAGGAGAAGCUUGGCAAGAUGAAAGCGGGUGAGGCCAAGCUGGAGGCGGACAAGCAGCGCCUGAAGGCCGUCUUGGAUGCUGCAGAGGGUCGCUGCACCCAAGUGGAGCUGUCGAGACGCUCGCUGGAGGGGGAGCUACAGAGAUCCCGGCUGGGCCUCUCCGAUCGCCAGGUGGAGCUCCAGGGGCUGCGGGACCGUGUCGACGCUCUGCAGAGGGAGGUGGCCGAGGGGGAGAGGAGGGCGGGUGCCCAGCAGCUGUCCCUGGACCGCCUUAACCUGGUGCUGGCCAAGGCUGUGGAGACCGAGCGCUCCCUCCAGGAGAAGGUGCAGGCGCUCUCGGCCUCCCUGCUGGAGAGCAAGACCAACAGUGGCGCAGCCCAGGAGAAGGUGCUGGAGCUGCAGAAGGCGCUGGCGGCCAGCGAGCAUGAGCGGCGGGUGCUGCAGGAGCGGCUGGAGGUGGCCCGCCGGGCCCUCUCGGGAGCGAAGGAGGAGACAGGGCUGCUGAUGGAGGCCCUGCAGGCCCUGCGGGCGGAGCAGGCGGAGCUGCAGCUGCAGAAGGAGGAGCUUGGCGGCUGCCUGCAGCAGCAAGAGGAGCUGCUGUGCCGGCGCCAGGAGGGCGAGGCCGUUGCCCUGAAGGGCCUGCAGAAGGUGCAGGAAGACAAGCGGUCUCUUCAGGAGCGCCUCGGCAGCUUGCAGAAGGCCCUGGCGCAGAGGGAAGGCGAGAAGCGGGACGCCGAGCGCGCCUCCCUCCGGCUGGAGAAGGACAGGGCGGCCCUCAAAAAGACGCUGGACAAAGUGGAGCGAGAGAAGCUCAAGACUCACGAGGAGUCGGUGUGGCUGUCAGCCGAGAAGGGGCGGCUGGACCGCUCCCUCACCAGCGUGGAGCAGGAGUUGGCCGAGGCCUAUCAGCAAGUCCAGCUGUUGGAGGCGCGGGUGGUGGAGCUUGAGCAGUCCCCCGGGCGGAAGGCAGCGGAGGCUUCCCUCCAGGUGGAGCGGGACGGCCUGCGGGUCUUCCGGAUGCAGGCAGAUGCCCGGCAGCAUGCCCACCACCAGCAACAGCGGCAGGCGAAAGGCCUGGAGGAGCAGGUCCUGAUGCUGAAGGAGCAGCUCCACGAGGCGCAGGCGGGCCAGUCUCCACUCACUCCCUUGCCCCUCUUCCCCGGCAACUAGCCACCGCCUGCCUGCCUGCCUGUCCACCGGCUCCUUCUUCCAGCCCCGGAGGCGGCGCACAGGGCGACGUCUGUGUGUGUGUGUGUGUGUGGACUUGCCAGCCCUCCCUUC